AUGGCAUCAGAUUUUAUAUCUUGGUUUUCUCCGUGUUAUAUAGAUAAUGCUGUUGGUGUUGGCGUUGGAAUAGCGCUGGCUGUCGUUGCCGUCAUUCUGCUGUUGUCAGUAGCAUACUACUUGUACUUCAGAAGAAAAUCUGCUGACGAGCAAGAUCUAUCCACUGCAACUACACCAUCUCGAAUUUCUAAAAGAAUCAAUAACCUUGGUCGGCGCAUGCGAAGUACAUUGAGAGGUCGUACAUCGUCGAGUCUACUUACUUCCAUGGAAUUAGGAACACGUAGUGAAGCAGAACAAAGUGUGGUAGACGUAGAGGAUAAAGCUGGCCUGAGCUAUGAAAAUCCUUUAUACAAAACUACCGUUAAGGAGGAACCCGAAACUGCGUUUACUUUACAGGAUACUCAAGAUCCAACUGCUAUCUAUGAAUAA